AUGUCGUCGUACUCGUCCUCGUACUCGUCUUCUGACUCUAUGUCGGACGCCACCUGGUUGGCCGACCUGAAGGGCUGUGGUGCCCUGCCAUCGGUCCGUGCCGAAGACGCCGAGUCGGACAAGGCCGAGGCCGGCGUCACCAAGCGCCGCAGCGGGCAGAAGGCUGUGCUGGGUGAGGGCAAGGCGUGGCCGGUGGGGGCGACCAUCAAGUGGCACUUUCUCUCGGGAUCAAAGGCGGUGCAGGACAAGUGUUUUGCCAUCGCCAAGGAGUGGCUGCAGUAUGCCAACCUCAAGUUCAAGAUCGUCAAGUCGGCCAAGAGCGCCGACAUCCGCGUCGACUUUCAAAAGGGUGGCUCGUACUCGUACGUCGGGACCGACAACAAGCGCAUUGCAAAGUCCAAGCACACCAUGAACUUUGGCUGGCUCACUGAGGACUCGACCGAUCGCGAGUACCGCCGUGUCGUCCUCCACGAGACCGGCCACAUGAUCGGCCUCACCCACGAGCACCAGCACCCGAUGGCCAAAAUCCCCUGGGACGAGGAGGCAGUCUACAAGUACUACGCAAAGCAGGGUUGGUCGCGCGACCAGACCAAGGAGCAGGUCCUCAAGUCCAAGCAUGCCACCCAGUACUCCAAGUACGACAAAAACUCCAUCAUGGAGUACCCCAUCGCUGCCGAGCUCGUCACCGACAAGUCGUUUGUCACCGGGUGGAACACCGAGCUGACAAACACCGACAAGGCCUUUAUCAACUCGGUCUAUCCCUUCUCCGACAACAAGAAGAACGCCAAGAUCCAGGCCCUUGUCAGCGGUGGCGGUGUAGUCGGUGCCGGCUCCGGCUCGGGCUCCGGCUCCGGCUCGGGCUCCGGCUCGGGUUCGGGCUCCGGCUCCGGCUCGGGUUCGGGCUCCGGCUCCGGCUCGGGCUCCGGCUCGGGCUCCUACUCGGGCUCCGGCUCGGACUCGGGCUCUGGCUCGGGCUCGGGCUCGGGCUCGGGCUCGGGCUCCUACUCAGGUUCGGGCUCCGGCUCCGGAUCCGGAUCCUACUCGGGCUCGGGUUCGGGCUCGUCCUCAGGCUCUAGCUCGGGCUCCCAUUUGGGCUCAGGCUCAGGCUCCGGCUCCCACUCGGGCUCAGGCUCAGGCUCAGACUCAGACUCGGCCCAUCGCCGCCCCGUGAAGGCAAAGCCCAAGAAGGUCAAAAAGGCCAAAAAGGCCAAGAAGGCCAAGAAGGUCAAGAAGGUCAAGAAGGCCAAGAAGGCCAAGAAGGCCAAGAAGUCCAAGGGCAAAAAGUCCAAGGCCAAGAAGGCCAGAAAGAGCAAGAAGAACAAGCGGUUUAAGGGUCGUGGCCACCGCCGCCGUCGCCACUAACUAUCGCACCAUAGCAGCCUAGAUGUUCGCAAAGUCGCGCGGAGGAUGCAGCUCAUUCUCGAUGAUAGGACCGAUGACGCGGACGCACGACUCGGGUGAGGUGCCCGCGAUAAACUCUUCCAUCCACGGGA